AUGAAUGAGGGCAAGGCGAAUAUCGGCCUGGCUCAACGAGGAGGGUUGCUGGGUGGUAGGCGAUCCGACCUUGGGAGUAUUCUCAGACGGGCUGAAUACGACACUCCCCUGAGUAUCGCUCGUAGGGGGCUUAUUACGGUAAAUAUUUCUGACGAAACCAGAAAAGGCUCAACGUCAUCCUUCCGAAGGCCUGGCUACAGAGAGGCUAUUCUGGAAGUCUCCCUAGCCAGCGAACACAUUGCGGCAAGAUCAGCAGCCUGGUGGGUAAUCGAUUACAUCGGGAGCGUUCAUCAGUACAUCCUACUCGACGUACACGAUAGGAGGCCAGCCGUGACAAGUGGAGCUCCAUCCCCCCGGUGGAACAUCGCAAAAAUGGAUGGAGAGGGGCUGUCUUCUGUCAUAGAUGUAGGUUGUAGACUCCAUCAAAUUGUUUCCGCGAGUACAUCGCCAACUGCACAAGCCAGAAUGAUUAUUGCAGCAACUAUGCAGCUCAUCCAAAAGUCUUGUGCGAUAGCGGUACCAGAGAAGAGCACGAAACGGCAUAGUCGUCCUAUACUGGUGGAUGCACGAGAUCACAGAUCUUUGCAAGAAGUGCUUAAGGAUUUGCCGAGUACCAUGUGGCCAAAAAACACUGAAGUGGACCUUCAAGGGCAACCAGAGACGGUGCAGGAAGGAGCUGUGCCUGGAUGUCGACCAGAUGCCGUGGGGACUAGGGUACCAGAUUGUCACUCGCAAGCUAGUGACGCACACUCAAGGAUUCCCGCAGGACGCGAGGACUUUGGAAAACAUUCCCCUGAGCCAAUGAGCAGACCAGAAGGGCCACAAUUUACUGAGGAGAAGCUAUUCAGGGCCGCACCUACCAUGCAGGACACGAAAAAUCCAGGACCAGACGGCCUUCCGGUGGAAGAUGGGAAUCUCCCAGCCCUGUGGAAGAAAGUCAGACUUGUGCUCAUAAGCAAGGGCAAUUGUCCAGCAGAUGCCGCUUCAUCAUACAGGCCUAUUUGUAUCAUCAAUACUGCUGUUAAGCUCCUGGAGAAGCUGCUUCGGCAACCGCUGCACGCAGCCGUCGGGGCAGCGGGGGAUCUUUCCGCUCGCCAGUAUGGAUUUCGAUCCGGCCUCUCCAUCAUCCAGGCAGUCCAGGAGGUUUUUGCGGCCGCUAAAAUGACGGAGCGAGGGAAUCAUCUAACUCGUCCUUUGUGUCUGCUGGCCACCGUAAACGUGAGAAAUGCUGUCAACUCCGACAGGUGGGACUUGGCAAUGGAAGCGCUCGAACACAAUUUCAGCGUCCCGGAGUACCUACUCCGAAUUCUCGGGGAUUACCUAAACGAGCGCUUCCUAGAUCACAAUACUGGCGAUAGUCCGAGAAGCUUGGAGUUGAUAUCGGGGAUAGCCCUGGGCACCAUAAUGGGAUCGGAUAUGGAUCUGGAAUAUUUUCUACGAUGGCAUCCUGGCAGUCCUUGA